CCCCUCCCUACCAACGCCAAAUUCUUACCUCAGACAUUUCAACAUGACUUCGUGGGCAGAGAUCAAGUCGACUUCUCAGCAUCUAAAUGAUGUAGGGAAAUACGAUGAUGCUAUCAAGAUACUCGAGGAGUUUCUCGAAGCUGCGCAGGGCGACGAGCGACUCUAUGCCACGGCUGAACUGGGAACGGUACUCACCAACCAGGGAUGCCUAAAAGCUGCGCUCGACAUUCUCGAGAAUAUACUAGAGACCGAUGCGGCCCUGUACCCCGCGGACCAUCCUCUGUGCCUUCAGCUGAGAAUGCAAGCUUGUCGGCUGCGUCCCAUCGUCAAAGCCUCUUUCAAUGGAGUUCUCCAUGAUGCAUCUGACAUCCACAAAACAUUUUAUGCCUUGGAGGACAUCGGAGAAAUGAAUCAUUUUACAACACUGACUCACGUGAUCGUACAGAUCAGCAUCAACCUGGCAUAUACUGCGCUUCUCUUCAUGACAAACGACUUGCACGACCGAAUUCCAAUUCACAAGCUGAAAGCUUCCAUCGCCUGGCAACUUCCUGCAUUUCGGGGAUUGAUGCGAGAGGGACGGGACAGAGAAGCUUUUGCCGUGGCUCAACACUACAUCCGUCUUUUAAAUACUUCAACCGCUCAGCAGGAUGGGCUGGAGGAUAUGAGUUUCUCAUCUGUGAUUGAGAUGGUGGAAGCGAUCAUGGCAUCACCAAAUACGGUGCUAGUUUGGAAAGCUGCAGUCGUUGGUGAGCUAUUAUACCUCAGAAAUCUGGUUCAUGAACCUGAGUGGGAGCGAUUAAAAGGUUUAGAAGUGGAUGCGAUUAGGUUGUUCCAGUCAGUCGAGCAUAAUCAUGCGGUUGUGGACAUAAAACUUCGACAAGCAUGCACCCGACUCGCACAAAGCUUUCUGAACCUGACAACAGAAUUGUUGCAAGAAAUACAGGGCUAUUUCCACGCCUACGAGGAAGCCAAUGCGCUGAGCGAUUACAGCAGGGCCGUCUUACUCAUGCUCAGCAGCAUACCCCCGGGACAAGGCUUUGACCUCAGAGUUUCGCUACUGGCCAUCUACUCUCAGCUCUCUAAUAUCACUGGUGCAAAGUUGGAAUAUGUCGUCUUGCAAGUCCGGCAUAUCAGCAUCUGGCUAAGCCAUUCUACGAGGUCGUCCCAGGUCAUCGAGUCCGCGCGCAGUAUCGAUGAACUCAUCGGCCUGGAGGACUGUAGAUGGGUCAAAGGCAUGAUUGCGAACAUCACCUCGAAUGCAUACAACCUACUUGGUGAUGGUGACAAUGCAUUGAAGUGGGCAACAAUUGCGGUUGAUAGGUGGGGAGAGGUAUUCCGAAUUGAGAGAGCCGGCGCAACUCUGAUGGUUCUUAUGGCCAUGUUGAACAAAUGCAAUGGCUUCCGAUCACCUGGAGUGACAGAAGUGAUAGAUUUUGCAGAAAAGGAAGUCGCUCGCCAUCUCGAUGAGGGCUUGUUUCUGGCCGCCUUCGAGAAAAUGGCCGUGCUUGUUGGGUCGAUAUUUCUACCCAAGGGUGACGAAAGAGGGGGAACAUGUCUGGAUAAGAUGGAGGAAUGUCUUCAACAUCUCCCAGGCAGAGCUACUCCCGACGAAGUCGAUCAUUGCAGAGCUCAGCUAUGCCAAUUGCGCGGUCAGGCUUUAAUGGGAACUGAGCCAGACCAUGAUGUGAGUGAUAGACGCAACGACUACUUCGAGCAGGCGGUCGCACUCUACAUGAAAACCCGGAAUCCUAUAAAUGCCGCUUGUGCCCGACAGAUGCAAGCCAAUGCGCUUUAUACAACCUUCCAAGCUCGUGAGCCACCGUCUUGGAGCAUGCUUCGACGUUGUAUCGAACUGAGCGACAUUGCGAAGGAUGUCUUCGAGGCACUCGACAACACACUUAUGCUCGCGGAAUCGGCACGCUUGUGUGCAUUCUUUCAGUUCAAGUCCUGGUCCCACGGAUUCGUCAGUGGUGACACAGCCCUAGCUGCUUUGGGGAAAGCAGAACAGGCCUCGGCAGAUCGGAGAGCUGAAGUAUCCAUCCUGGCGAGUUUCGAGGCUGUGUCGCGCAAGCAGCAGUUCGUCAUGGUAUCGGGAAUAGAGGAUACAUAUGCCAGAGCACUUGUCAUCUGUCAGCUGGAGGGCAGAAUGGCAGAGUUGUGGGACUGGAUCCAGCGCGCCAAGGCGAGGAGCGUAGGUGAUCAGCUGACAGACCAAUUUCCGAUCCCAGCAACACUUCACGAGGAUAUAAUGCGGGAUCCCGAGAUGAAAGCGCUGUGUGAGGAAGAGGAGUCUGUAACGCAGCAGGUCGCCAUCGCGGACCCAGUUGCGCGGCUCAAGUUGCGUAGCGAUCUGCAUAUAAUUCAUGUCAAGAUGGCCGGCUAUCCAAUCCUCAAACAGGUCCUCGAUCUACGGAAGAGCACCCCAGUCUCUAUCUCUCAGGUGCGUGACCUGGGAAGAAAGAUGAAGUGUAAUGCUGGAGGGAUGGACGUGGUGUUUGUUGACUGGAUCAAUCUCGGUGGCACCAUCUGGACCGUUGCACUCAAGGGAGAUUUACCACCACAGGCUGUCCACUGUGGGAUCACUGUCGAUGAGGUAAAGGCUUGGAAACGGCGAUGGCUCGACGCUCAGGACGGUGGACGCCCGGCUGCUUUCUUCGUCGACGAUGAAUACGACGAAGAUGAGCCAGAAUACUGUCUGCGAAGUAUCGAUAAACUCGUUGCUUCACUACGCGACUUGACACCAGAGGGAGAUCUGCUCGUCUUCUGCCCAACGAAUGUUCUGCAUUCGAUCCCGCUCCACGCGCUGUGGGUAGAAGACGACACACCGGUAAUCCAACGCAAUCCCAUUAUCUACAGUGCAAGUUUGACGACCUUCUGGCAGUGCUCUCGACGCUCUGAGCUUACUGGAUCCAUCUCCACAGAUCUUGGGUGGAAUAUGGCAGGCGUCUAUGAAUCUAAGAACGACCGCAUAUUCUCGUCAGAGCACGACGCGGAGCAGUUGAAUGUCUACACCACUUUGGACCACCUUGCAGAGCGUUACGGGGGGAAAUCCAUUACCGGCCAAGCUGUGACGACAGAAUCUUUCAAACACAUGAUGGAAAACUCAAUAAUGUUCCAUUUCCACGGCCAUUGUCGUCUUGAUCAACCCACACUUGGAGACCAGAGUCUUGAAUUAGCCAACGAGCUCCUCCCAGUUCGGAAAGUGUUUGAGAUGAAGCUGCGAAAUCCGCACAUAACGCUUGUCGCGUGCGACUCAGCACUGCAGGUAAUUUCUGCUGGCGACGAGCCUCUCGGCGUGGUCACGGCUCUGCUCUGUUCAGGAGCUAGUUCAGUGCUGGGUACUAUUUGGCCCACGUUAUCGAGCACUGGUCGGGAUUUCAGUGACGAGUUUUACUCCGACGUAGUGAACCAGUACAGACAAUUACAGCAAGGAGGAUCAUCCUCAACCAUCGUCAAUCUGGCUGAAGCUCUGCGGCGGGCUGUGCUUGCUCUAAGAACAAGGCGCAAAACUCGACAGCCAUAUCAUUGGGCGGCGUUUGUGCUCCACGGUUCCUCGUCCAUCAGACUCCCACACACAUUAAUCCCAGAGCGCCGAGUAAAUGAGUGAUCACGUGUAGAGGCUUCUUGAAGCCCGUUGAUAAUAUGUCCGAACCGGUUGAGAUGGAAAUUCCAGCAAAAGCCAACCAAGAGCCGCGGAAUGGUUACUUAUCAUGCGUUGAAUGUGGCAAUAAAAACACUAUACCCGGCAUACAAACAAUGUCUCUUGCUGAUGUCUUCAUAAUAUCUCACAGUAUCAAUGCGAAGUCCAGUACGUCUGGAUGGAUCAGCACUAUCUAUAAUACAGUCUCAAAUAAAGACGAGGGUAUGUCAGUUAAAGAAUUUUGGCUUUCACAUAACACCUUAAUUAAUCACCCGAUAAAGUAAGUUCAAUUAAAGACAUAGUAUAUGACGUCUGUAACA